AUCUGCCGCAUCGAACCCAAUGGCCAAAAGACCUGUGUCAAGUUUCUCACGCUCGAGGCCAAGCAGAUGUUCUCCUUUAUGCAGGACCAAGGAUUCUUUUGUACAAUGAGCCUCGAUCCAAAGGAGACUGCCCUCGAAUGCAGACGCGUAUAA